AAACGCUUGAAGUCACAUCGUAAAAAAAAAAUCGACAGUAGAACUCACAGCUAUGUUUAAUAGUGAAAGUAAGAGCAUUUCCACAUGCACAAUGCGACGAGAACUUACAGGAUUGGGACUAAACAGCUGUGUGGCCACAAGAAAGCCACUUGUUAGUGAGGCUAAUUGGGAAAAAAUGACUUCAGUUUGCUAGGGAGUAUAAAAAUUGGACUGUGGAGCAAUGGAAAAAGGUCAUGUGGUCUGAUGAGUCCAGAUUUAUCCAAUUCCAAAGUGAUGGGGGCAUCAGGGUAAGAAGGGAAGCGCAUGAAGCGAUGUACCCAUCAUGCAUAGUGACCACUGAACAAACCUCUGGAGGCAGUGUUAUGAUCUGGGGUUGCUUCAGUUGGUCAGGUCUAGGAUCAGCAAUGAUAUGUGGCAAUAAAAUUAAGUCAGCUGACUACCUGAAUGUACUGAAUGACCAGGUUAUCCCAUCAAUGGAUUUUUUUCUUCCUUGACAGUACAGGCAUAUUCCAGGACGACAAUGCCAAGAUUCAUUGGGUUCAAAUUGUGAAAGAGUAGUUCAGGGAGCAUGAGGAAUCAUUUUCACACUUGAAUUGGCCACCACAGAGUCCUGACCUUAACUCCAUUGAAAGUCUUUGUGAUGUGCUGGAGAAGGCUUUACGGAGUGGUUUAAUCUCAGCCAAAAAUUGAUGCAACUCUGGUUGGAAUUAAAUGUUGUGAGUGACGUUGCAUAAGGUUGUCGAAACAAUGCCACGAUGAAUGCGUGCCGUAAUCAAAGCUAAUGCGGUUCGACGAAAUAUUAGAGUAUGCAACUUUUUUUUUUUGGCCAGGCAGUGUAUAUUGCAGGAUACCAUUUUCACUGCUUGUUGUGGAGGGUCUUGCCUUGUUGGAUCUGGGAGUGUCACCUUACUCAGGAGAUGUGUUUCAUGAAACACCCCUUAUCAUAUACCUCUUUCAUUUUACAGUCGAUUAUGCAGAGAUUGUGUUCAUUAUAGUAGAUGGAAUCACAGCGGUGGCUCUGUAUCUGGCAAUCCAGAUUUAUAACAAGAAUGUGUUUAGAAAACAGAAGUAUGCCUUGGAAUCAGACCGGUAUCCACAUGACUGUUUGGAGCUGUUACAUUCUCCCAAGGAGAUGCUCUACAUCCCUCUCAAAGUUGCCAUGUUUUACCUGUUAAACCCCUUCACCAUUCUGUCUUGUGUGGCAAAGUCGACUUGUGGACUAAACAACGCGGUUAUUGCGCUCUUCAUUCUCUGUACAUUAAAAGGUAGUGCCUUGUUGAGUGGGAUAUUCUUGGCCUUAGCCACAUAUCAGUCUAUAUAUCCUCUGACGCUGUUUGCUCCUGCACUGCUGUUCCUCCUACAAAGGUUAUAUAUCCCAGUAAACCCGAGGAGGACUAGUUUCUGGUUUUUCACCGCACAGUAUGCCUUCAUAUAUGUGGGCAGUCUGUUGGUGAUCACUGGCCUCUCAUUCUUUCUCCUGGGCUCCUGGGACUUUAUUCCUUCUGUCUAUGGAUUCAUUCUCUCUGUUCCUGAUCUCACUCCAAACAUCGGACUCUUCUGGUAUUUUUUCGCCGAGAUGUUUGAGCACUUCCGUCUGUUCUUCAUCUGUGUCUUUCAGAUUAAUGUCUUCUUCUACACCAUCCCUCUCUCCAUCAAACUCAAGGAGCAUCCAGUGUUCCUAAUCUUCAUGCAGAUUGCCAUUAUCUCCAUCUUUAAAUCUUACCCCACCGUGGGAGAUGUUGCUCUCUACAUGGCGUUUCUGCCUGUCUGGGGUCACCUCUACAGAUUCUUAAGAAACAUCUUUCUGGUGUCAUGUGUGCUGUUGGUGUGCUCUGCACUCUUCCCUGUGCUCUGGCAUCUCUGGAUCUAUGCUGGCAGUGCCAACUCUAACUUCUACUACGCCAUUACGUUGCUCUUCAAUGUUGGACAGAUCCUACUGGUGUCUGACUAUUUCUACGCCUACCUGCGUCGAGAGCAUCACCUGACUCACGGCCUCUACCUUAAGAAGAAAGACGGCACUGAGGCCACACUAGUGUUAAAGUGACCUUCAGUCACUGGACUGAGAAACCUCACCGACUGCCUCAAACUCAUCAUCAUUUCUCUACUUUUUUUUGUUUAUUUUUUUGAUUUUCACAACAUUUUCUUUCUUUAUUUUUCUUUACCUCUUUUUCACUUUCACCUCUAUUUGCUUCCAAUAUCUUGUUUGUUCUGACUUUUUUUUCAAACCCAGCUUUUUCUUUUGCACAUUUGAGAGCUUUACCUCAUCUUUGGAUAUGGACCAAAGCAGUUUUGUAAUGGACUUUAUUUGAAGUAGGGGGUAUGUGAGUGAAUAAAGAACUCUACUAAACCUCUGUUCCCAUGAAUGAGGGAAUUAAAAUGUCAGAGGUGGGCAGAAAGGUUAUGCUAAGUUAUAAUUUCAGUUAUUUGUACUUUUAAUUUGGUUUAUAUUUUGUUCUUUGUAAGUAUCCAUUUUCUUUUUUAUAUUGAACUUAUUUUGGUUGGACAUGCAGCUUGAAGUCAUGGUCAGCAGGGGGCAUAAUAUGAAUGUGAAAUGACAAUACUAACAUGGACUGCAAAAGGCUCUGACUGACCCCUCAGAGCCUUUGGGCAUAUAUUGGACUGCCCGACAUGUAGAGCUGGUUAUGUACGAAGGAGCAUCUUAAAAGAUAACUCUCUGAAUUGGUGGAUUUCAAGAAAAUGUCCAUGUCAGAUUUCACCACAAAAUCAAAAGAAUUUUUUUUUUUUUUUUUGGGGGGAAGUCAAAAUGACAGUAAUGACAUUCUAGUCAUUUAAUCACCAUUGAGAAUAAUGGGAAUAAAUACAUUUGAAAAAGUCCCUUAAAAGUCAAACCAAAAAAAUCCAGAAAUCCAGUUUAUGUAAAGAAGAAUUUUGGGGAGAAAUUGUCAUGACAAUAUAAUGUUACAAUGUAAAAACUGUUAAUGGUACUAAAAUAGGUAUACUAUAUAAUUUUGUAUAGUUUUCUUUUAAUUUUGGAGUGAAAUGUAACCUGGAGAUUUACCCAAAAUAUGGUUCUCGCUUAGACUUAUCCAUUGGGAAAUUAUUUGUUUUUGUUUUGCUUUUUGCCUCCCUAACAAUUUUGCAGUCUGUCUGACGAAUGUGAGUUGCGUACAUUUUUUAAUUUGGUGCUUUUUGUGUUCUUUAUUUUCUUUUCUUUAAUUCUUACAAAAUGAGGGAUUAACAUGCACUGACUUUUUAUUUACUUUAACAUUGGCACGCUUUUGAAUUGGGUUUACUGUUCUGUUUUAUUUCUUGUCUGAUUGGAAAGUAGCCACCUAGUUACUUUGAUAAGGAAGAAUGGCAAACUCCCAGUAAACUUUUGACCGAACUCCACAACACAAUGUGACACAACACAAAAACCUUGAGUGAUUUGAUCAAUUACACAGCUUUUCAAUAGUCCCUCUUAUGGUCAGCCCUACCUAGAUGGAAUUUUCCAUUACCUGUAUCGCUUCCCGACUUUUCUCAUAUAAUCCGCCCUUUGACCAAGGAGGAAGAGUUUAACAUCCGGAAGUCUUUUCAAGAUAUUGAGGUCAGCUGUUCCAAAGUUUAGUGUGUGAAAGUUAUAAUUUUAGUCAUAAAAGAUGGAGAUACCCAAGGUUUACAAACAAAUGCUCUAUCUAUGUUUUGAUAUUUGUAUUGUACAUUACUUUUACCCUAUAAGAUGGAAGGAAUUAAAUUGAAAAGCCUAUAUUCUUUUUAUAAACAACAGCUGAACCAUCAUCAGUAUUUGUCUGUACACUGAACAAGAAACCAUUUUGGCUAAUACAGCAUAUAGACAGAAACUAUUGACCUUGAUAAUAUCACUAUAAAUAUAGAGCAGAAAUAUUAAAUGUGCUCUUCAACCAGAAACAUUGUAAACUUGGAUAUUAAUGUUGGACUACUGAGAUUAUGCCUUUGCUUUUUAUGCGUUUCGUAUUAGUCCACAUUGUGGCCUUUCAUCAUUCUUUUGGAUUUUUUUGGCAAAAAUCCCACAUUAAAUUUUGGAUGAACAAAUGUUGCAUGGACUUAAGUUGAAAAAUGUGCUCUCAGUACCAGAUGGGAAACAUUAGUAUGCACGAUUAAGGGCCAAUCUCCUGCUCGCAUAUGACAUGGAACUGCAGAGGAAUUUGGUUGUUUCUUUCAAACAUUAUGUGUCCAGGAAUUUUUUGAAUAACUAAUGUCAGCAGUUGAAAAUGUGGACACUCAAGUAUUAUUCAUUACUUGACCUCUGGUGUACAUUACUCUAGAUCUCAUUUUGGACUGAGGGUGGACUUUAGGUCAUUUAUAAUGUCAUGACACUGAUUUUAAAUGAUUUGUAAAUUAUGUGUUGAAAUGCCAAUAAAGAAUGUUUCUCAAUU